CUUGUAAAGUAACUUUAUAAUCAGCAAAUCAGCGUUCAGUGUUAGUGCUUUAAACGUGAACAGGUUUUAGUACCUAGUACCUAGCUAUUAGCAGUUGUUCUUCUUCUUCGGGUUGCGGUACGAACAGCCGUUUUCACUCUAAACAUUCAACAACUAAUUAUUCCACCAUUUAACGAUUUAACGUAUAUAUUGUUUGACUUUAUUGAAUACGAGAUUGUCAAGCGUAGUAACUUGUCUCCUAACAUACGUUACCAGUUGUAAGUAGACGCGGUACCGUUGCCUUUGCGCAAAGUGCACAAAUCACAUAUUUGAACAUAUUUUUUUUAUUAACAAUUAUGAAGUCGGACAGUGCAAUUUGUGACUCUCUAGUGAGAUUAUUGGAGAGCAGACUCAUCAUGGCUCCACCAAAUGGUGUUCCUCCAGGUAACGGUACCGUUUACACUCCCCUAUCAGAAUCACCCCCAAUGAAUUCUGACAGUACCGAAGUCCCCUCUGGGACAAGAACCACAACGAUAUCGGUAAUCGAUACUUCGAAGCAAGAAGAAGAGCCUGCGACAUCAAAUUCGGAUUGUGAGGACGAAUACGUGGUUGUCCCACCUGAUGGGGGUUGGGGUUGGGUUGUGGUGUUCGGUUCGUUCAUGUGCAAUAUGAUUGUUGACGGAAUUGUUUUCUCAUUUUCUACAUUCUUGCCGCACAUUGAAAAAGAAUUCAAUGCUUCGAAAUCAGACGUGUCUUUGGUGGGAUCGUUGUUAGCGGGGUGUUAUUUGAUUGUGGGGCCUUUUGCAAGUGCCUUGGCGAAUAGAUACGGGUUCCGCGCUGUGGCAGUUAUUGGUACCUUUAUAGCGACUUUAGCGUUUGUGUUAUCGCAUUUUGCGCCCAAUGUACAGGUUUUGUGGUUGACCUACGGAUUGCUGGGAGGAAUUGGUUUUGGCUUGAUUUAUGUCCCUGCUGUAAUAACAGCUGGUUUUUAUUUCGAAAAAUGGCGUGCUAUAGCCACGGGAAUAGGCGUGUGUGGAUCUGGGAUAGGGGCUUUCGUAAUGACUCCAUUUAGUAACUAUUUGAUCCAAGAGAUGGGCUGGAGAAACGCGCUGUUAGCCGAAGCUGCCAUUAUAUUUUCCUGUAUAGCUUUCGGGCUCCUGUUUCGACCUGUUAAACCGACCAAACUGACCGACAUACGGUUAGAAGAGCGGCCGCCGAAAAUUGUUACAACUUUAGUUACUAACGAUUCUUCGUCGACUAAAUAUAAACUGGCAUCGAUCGAAUCGAUAAAUAAAAGUCACUCUGCUAUUCCCCAAAUGCUUGGUGUCAACAAUAAUGCUAAUUAUCCUACGGCUGCUGAAAUACUUAAAAAUCCCGACGUGUUCCAUGUUGUGGGAGAAAAAGGGAGUGUUGUUCGUGAUCCUAUCGUUAAGGAUCAUCUAAAGCGAUAUAGUAUCCCGAUAUUUCCCGAAAGCAACUUAAAAGACCCCAACCAUUUGGAGUUGCCUUUAUUGGACGGCAAGGAACAACCUGUUGUCUCUAACAUGGGCAGACGGCAUACCAUAAGUGAGAAAAGGGAAGACCUGUUGAAAUUCAGAUCCGAACAUCAUCGGAAAGAUAGCACUCAUGAUGAGGCUCCGAUCAACAGGCCCCUUUAUCGAGACGACAUUUUCUUCACUUCUAGUCUUAAAAAGUUACCUCAGUAUACGUCUCAAUCUUCCAUGGCAUACAACUUGUCAGUUACUAGAUUACCAACGAUAAAUGAUCUGAUGGAAGAGAAGGAAAGGAAGUGCACCUUGUGCCCAGAGGCAUUUCGCAGGGCUCUUGCAACGAUGUUAGAUUUCACUCUAUUCAAAUCUCCGACGUUCCUUCUUCUUGCCCUGAGUGGCUUUGUGACCAUGAUGGGCUUCUUUGUACCAUUCAUGUUCGUACCUGACCGUGCAACUUCCAGUGGCAUAAGUGAGGAAACGGCGUAUUUAUUGGUUUCCACCAUUGGGAUUGCGAAUACUGUGGGCAGAAUUAUUUCCGGUGUUCUUAGUUCGAUGCCUAGUCUUAAUUCGUUACUAGUCAAUAACGUUGCUAUUACCUUGGCUGGUAUUGCUACCGUCGUGAGCGGAUUAUCCAUGACAGCGGAGUAUCAGUUUGCAUAUGCUACGAUCUUUGGAUUGUCAAUUUCCUGCUUUUCGUCACUGAGGUCGGUGCUGGUAACCGAACUUCUGGGCUUGGAGAAAUUAACAAAUGCAUUUGGUCUACUGCUUUUGUUCCAAGGGAUAGCCGCUUGUAUAGGAUCGCCAUUGGCCGGACAGUUUAAGUCAAUAACAGGUAGUUACGACGCUUCAUUUUAUCUCUCCGGAAUACUCAUUUUAUUGUCGGCGAUCAUGUGUUAUCCUCUCAACGUGGUCAGUAAAUGGGAGAAGAAGAGACAUCAGAAGAAGAACGCCGUAAACACUGGAGAAUGAAUUAGUGAGUAAAAUGUAAAAUUCGUUUUGUUUAUAAAAGAGUAACGUAUGAUGUGUUGUAUAUUAAAUAGAUAGUACAUUUUACAUAUAUGUAUAGUGAAAUGCGUUUAACAGCGUCAUCAUAACAUAAAUUAUUUUUGUACCCACAACUAUCUAAUUAAUAUAUUUAAUAUUGUUUAAUUAAUUCAAUCCUUAUAAUUAUUUGCGUAAUUAAAUAAUUUAACGGGUUCGAAUACAUACCAUACUACAUUAUUACGUAGGUACUUUCCAUUUCUUCUUUUAUAAGCGAAUUUAAUUUUAAAUUUAUUUUUACCCACUUAGGAACAGUGAUAUUAUAUUGUUGAUAGGUUUUACUAUUACAAGAACAUUCCCAUAUAACUAAAAUAAUACGUAGAAAAUUAGCUAUCUAUUGUUUAAUUAAUUAAAAACAGUUGAGGCCAAAUAUCGGUUC